AUGAGCAAAGAACAGAUGGCCAGGAGUCAGGGAACGGUACCAGAGUAUUCAAUAGGCAAGAAGGUUUGGCUAGAUGGGAAGAACAUAGAACUUAGGACCAAUUCAAACAAAUUGGACCCCAAACAACUAGGCCCAUUCAAACUACCGGAAACUCUAAAAAUCCACAAUGUCUUUUAUGUUGGGUUGCUAUCCAGGAGCCACAAAUCACCAAACCAGCCAUUCCUGGAACAACCUCCCCCUGAGACAAUAGAGGGAGAAGAAGAAUACAAGGUCAAGCAAAUCAUUGACUCUAAACAACAACAGGGCAAAUGGUUUUAUCUGAUAAAAUGGAAAGGGUACAGACCAGAGGACAAUUCAUGGGAACCAGAGGAACUACUGGAGCAUAGCCAAGAAGAAAUUAAGCAAUUUAACCAGGCUAGGCUCAAAAAGGCUUGUGACUCCGCCAAGAGCCUUUAA